AUGUAUCGGGACCCAUCAACCUCGUCGAAUUACGACAAAAUCAGAGUGACGCACUACUUUCUAAACUGGAACAUAAAUUUCAUCGAAAAGAAGAUCAUAGGUUCCAUUGUAAUGACUUUAAAGGCACUUUGUGAUGUAAGCGAAGUAAUUCUUGAUGGUGAGAAACUUUCCAUCUCAGGAGUCAAAGUGAAUGGAAAUGGAGCCAAAUUCCACGUUAAUGCUGGGAUACCAAUUGGAGAGAAGAUUGUAAUUGAAACGCCACAUAUAAAGAAGGGUGAAGAAGUGACGAUUGACAUUGAGUACUCAACGGCAAGCGAAGCAUCAGCCCUUCAAUUUAUGGAUAAGGAACUCACAGUCGAUAAUAAGGGAUCUUAUUUAUUCUCCCAAUGUCAAGCAAUACAUGCUCGCUCUAUUAUGCCAUGUAUGGAUACCCCAUCCGUGAAGUCAUCGUACGAUGCCAAGGUCACAGUACCAUCCAGAUUGACUUGUCUAAUGAGUGCGAUUGGUACGCAUAAAGAAGAGACGGGUGAUACCACCACGUACACGUUUCAUCAACCGGUGCUAGUACCAUCAUAUUUGCUAGCUAUUGUUGUUGGUCACCUUGAGUGCAGAGAUGUCAGCCCACGGUGUGCCGUUUGGAGUGAGCCGUCGAUCGUUGAUUUGGCCAAAUGGGAAUUUGAAGACACUGAAAAGAUUUUGCAAGUUGCUGAAGAAUUGGUGGGUCCUUAUCGAUGGGGAAGGUAUGAUCUAGUAGUGUUACCACCAACGUUUCCAUUCGGAGGCAUGGAAAAUCCUUGUCUGACUUUCGUCACUCCCACCUUGUUGGCUGGCGACCGCUCGUUAGUAACUGUGGUAGCACACGAAAUAGCUCACAGUUGGACUGGGAAUCUUGUCACAAAUGCUAGCUGGGAGCAUUUUUGGUUAAAUGAGGGUUUUACUGUAUUUUUGGAACGGAAAAUACUCGGACGACUUCAAGGUGAACUUGAGAGGCAGUUUCAGAGCGAAUGUGGUUUUGAUGAAUCUCUGAACACAGCUGUGAAGACGUUCGGCGAUUUACAUGAGUUUACGAAGCUUAUUCCAGACCUUCGUGGCGCUGAUCCAGAUGACGCUUUUAGUUCGGUACCGUACGAAAAGGGCUCUGCGUUUCUGUUCACUAUCGAGCAACUUCUUGGUGAUGCUGUUCGUUUCGAAGAUUUUUUACGAACAUAUGCUUUCCAAAGUGUAACCACUAACACAUGGAAAGACGAGCUCUAUUCCUUCUUUUCCGAAAAGAAAGCGGUACUUGAUAAGAUCGAUUGGAAUACAUGGUUUUUUGCACCAGGAAUGCCACCAAAACCAAAGUGA